UCAAAAAGUUAUCGCAACAGCACUGUGUUGUUUUUGCUCUCUUUUUCGUAUCCGGUUCAUGCAAUUGUUUGCUGAUCGACAAUAAACUACAGAAUGGCUCCCAGAAAGGCUAAAGCUCCCAAGGAAGAAGUGCAGGUCCAGCUGGGACCACAGGUUCGUGACGGUGAGGUCGUCUUUGGAGUUGCCCACAUCUAUGCCAGCUUCAACGACACUUUCGUCCAUGUCACCGAUUUGUCUGGUCGUGAAACCAUUGCCCGUGUCACCGGAGGCAUGAAGGUGAAGGCUGAUCGUGAUGAAGCUUCCCCCUACGCCGCUAUGUUGGCUGCCCAGGAUGUUGCUGAGAAAUGCAAGACCCUUGGAAUUACAGCCCUCCACAUCAAGCUGCGCGCUACAGGAGGCAACAAGACAAAGACCCCUGGACCCGGUGCCCAGUCGGCUCUGCGUGCCCUGGCUCGUUCAUCGAUGAAGAUCGGUCGCAUCGAGGAUGUCACACCCAUCCCAUCCGAUUCUACCCGCAGGAAGGGCGGUCGUCGUGGUCGCCGUUUGUAAGCGUGCGCCGCUCCUGAUUUGCUUGAUUCUCUGCUGUUCAGAAACAAUGAAAUGUGUUGCGCUGAUUUUGUAUAUAUCUAUAAAUUACACCUAAUAAUGUAGUAAUACAAAAUGGAGAGAA